AUGCUAGCAACUGUUGCUGUCACCAUUACCUUGGCUGCCCGGUCUGUCCUUGCAGCUUCUGCUUCUGCUCCUUACUUUGGUAAAGUUUUCCAUGGUCAUAGAACUUCUGCUGAUUCUUCAUCAGAGGGAAAUAUCUAUCCAAUCAAGGAUUGUUCAGCGUUCAUCCAGGAUACACCGGAUUCAUGGUCAUGCCAUAAUACCUCUGUUAUUCGUGAUGAGUGUUGUUUUGAAAACUACGGUGUCUUGUUGCAAUCACAGUUUUGGGAUUACAACACCACCUUGUUAAGUAUUGCUGUGAAUGGUACCACCAAGGAUAUUGUGCAAGCCGAAGCACAGAGUCAAAUCGAUUUGCUUUAUAAUGAUAUCAAAAGAACUUUCACAAUUCAUGGGUUAUGGAACGAUUUGUGCGAUGGUUCUUACAGACUGAACUGUGAGCCGAGUUGGGAAGUUGACGAUGCAAGAGAUAACCUUACACAUCUCAUUGGCACCGAGUUCAAUGAGCCCCAACUAUUAGCUGUUAUGAAGAGAUACUGGAUAAACACACUCAAGUCCAAUGUUGAAGAUCAAGCAAGUGUAGCAUUAUGGGAGCACGAGUACAAUAAACAUGGUACUUGUAUGAACACCUUGAACCCUGAGUGUUUUGAUUCUGGGUAUCGAGAGCAUGAGCAAGCAGUCAAUUUUUACAAAAAAGUUGUUGAAAUCUGGAGUCAACUUGAUACUUUUCAGUUUUUAGCCGCUGUUGGGAUUUUCCCCACGGUUGCAAGACAGUAUAAGUUGAGCGAUGUUCAAAAUGCCUUGUCCAAAGCCCAUGGUGGCGAGGUUUACGUUGGAUGCUUAAAUGGUGCAAUUGACGAAGUAUGGUAUUACCAUAACUUGCAAGGAAACGUUUUAAGUGGAACUUAUAGAGCGAUUGACUCGUUGACAAAUAGUACCUGUGGGGAAAAAGUGUGGUACAUUCCAAAGUAG